AUCCUCCCCCAGGAGCGGGAGCGGCUUUGUCGCAGGAGAGCGCUGUUGACACUGGCACUUUUCAUCGAUAAAACUUUUGUCCUUUGAGAGUGUUCUUCUGACCUUGCUGUUGGGGAUCCCCCUCCCGCGCGGCCCCCGCUCCCCAACUCACUCUGCCCUCAUUGGCUCGGGGCUGGCAGCUGCGGGCACAGAGCUGAGGAAACACAGACAAAGAGAGAAGUUCGCAGGGAGUUGUGCAGGCUGAAAGCGCCUGCGGAUCCUGGGCCCCUCGUCUCGCUGCCUGACGCCCACCAGAGCCCGGGUCCCCCUUCCCCUGCCGGGAUGCUGCUCGCUCUGCUGCUCCUCCCCUGGGCAUGGGGGGCCCUGGCCGCCUCCCCUCCUGUCCCCCCAGCGUCUGUCACCCUCCGGCUGCUCCAAAUCAACGUCUUCCACAACGCCAGAUCCACGGACGCAGAGAUAAGAGCCCUGCUGGGCGACCUGGAGACCCACUCCAUGGACUGCAGCACCUGCGAGAUCCGCUUCCUGCAGCCCUGGGCCCAGCAGGGCCUGACCCCGAAGCAGUGGCAGGACCUGGAGCUGCUGUUCCAUCGCUACCUGUUCAACUUCAACUGGAUGGUGAACAGAUUAGCCCAGCAGCAGGGAAUGGGCU